AUGGCGGAGUGCUUUUGCGCCGAAUUGAUUCUUAAAAAAGGACCCGAAACGCUGCAGCGACGCAUAUCUCUACGGAUACCGAAGGACGGCACGCCCGUCACGGUGGGACGUGCGCCGGAGAACGAUAUUGUUCUCGAUGCAAAUCUGGUUUUUGCGUCGCAAAGACACUGUCAGUUGUUUGUGCGUCCCGUGAUGGUUACUACGAGUGAUGAGGAUGCGGUGAAGGAAGAGAGGAAGGAGGGAAAAGAAGCGAUAAAAUCACGGCGUCAGAAGAGGCUACGGGCCGGUCGUGAUGCGCUGCAGUUAGAAUUAUGUCUUGUUGACAUGGGCAGCAGCAAUGGAACAUUUGUCAACGGUGUCCGCGUGGAGGUGAAUGCCGUCACGCCGCUGCGUCGCUGCGAUAUGCUCGUUCUUGGCGGGAUGCGUGACAUCGCGGUGGGUGCAUCUUUGCCAGUAGACGUGGUGACUUUUGCACCGGAGAUUGUCACCUGGUGUGUUGCCCUCAAUGAGGGUGAAGUCAACUUGGACUACGUGGCAACCCCGCCGGUGGUACUUUGCGCGGACUUCGUCGAGGCGGAGGAAAAGCGGAUGGCCCUGGAGCUUUUGCAGCGCAUGACAUCACCGCCCCCAGCGAGCCACGGAUUCACGACAGCAGUGACACCGCCACCGACAGUUCUUAAGCGAUGGAACGAGGCGCAGUCAGGGCAGGAGAAGGAGGAGGAACACAACAAAACACCGCAAACGCCUGCCGCUCGUGAGGUUGUUCUGAGGGACCAUGCGGACAACAAUAACAGUGAAAACAACGAAGCGGCGAAUGCCCAGGAUGAAACAGGUGCAUCCACGCGGCGCUCCGGCACUGUUGCCGCAGAAAUACUUGUGCACGGAGACACUAUGGGGAAUGCCACUCACCUCUUUGUAAUACUCCGUGCGGUACGGGUUGGGAUGCACAACUUUUUUCUGUCGCGCGCCAAGAACGCGGCGAGAAAGGGUGGACGCUUGCGUAUUGGAGACACGCGAAAAAAAGGCAAUCAACUGUCGCACCUCUACACACUCACACUCACAGAGACCCAUUGGAAGUGGGUGAUGAACAACGCCGACGGCAGCUAUACUGGCAAAGGAGGCAAGGUCACGAACGUCAAGCAGCAGUCGAUCAUUGAAUAUCAGCUGCCGUGGUCAUAUGUAGAGCGAAUAAUGUACUGUGAGCCCCAAUAUGGAUUGACGGUACAGCUGCUGCUGCCGGACGUCAAAAAUCUGCUGCCGCCGCUCGCGAAGCUCUCAGUGGAUUCCGCAGAAAGACCGAUACAUGUUACAUGGAUGGUGGACCCAGCAAAGGAUAGAAAUAAAGACAACAUAGAGACUGUGGGGUCUGCCCCUGUCACAUUUCAGCAAUUUUUGGGGGAACUUAGACGCAUCUGUGCAAGAAAUAAAGCCCCGGAGCCGCAGCCAUUGGAGGAGUCAGAGUUCCUAGACCGUUAUGCCCCAGACCUAUAG